CAUAUGCAUUUAUUUAAUGAGAUCCUCCUGCUGAAUCUAGUGUUGAUUGUGUUGUGUCUCCAGUCCAGCAGGAGUCGGUAUGAAGCUCUUUAGUCCGCCGGUAAACUCACUAAACAAAGAAAGAAGAACUCACAGUUUGUUUAGAUGUUCAGCUGCUGCGUCUUUCAUACAUUUAUGUCACUUAUCUGUUUCUAUUCUUGAUGAUUUCCUCUCUUUCAUGACAGCAAACCAAACGUUUUCUCUUUGUUUUGACAAGAGCUUUAAAUAUCCUGUUUCAGGAGUCUUAUUGAGUUUUUGUGUUGAGAUGUUGAAGAUGAGUUUGCAGGUGGAUUUGAUGUGCUGUAAAUCAGUAGGAACUGAUCUGUCCAUGCUGGAUAUUGAUGAUUUGAUGACAGAAAUCUCUCAGCUGAAGAAAGAGGUGGCGUUACUGGAGGCAAAGCUGAGGGAAAGAGGAGAUCCACUGAACGGAGAGGAGCUGGAGAAGGUUUCCUGUCAAUCUUCAGUGUGUGUGACUGAUGGGACCUCCACAGAAUGUCAGGAUUCAGUGUGGAGCGUCAGAGAUCAGAGAUCUGAACAGAGAUCCAGAGACACACAGGACUCAGAGCUCAGCCUCACUUUACUCUGUUAUACUGACACUCAGGAGAGUGUGUGUGACAGUAAUCAGGGUGAUCAAACCUCCACAGAGUCUCUGGCUUCUGAGCAGAUGAUGAUGGAGAUGACAGAAGAAACCACAGCAGAGGAACAACACACUGAUUACAAUGAAUAUCAUGAUGAGGAUGUGUAUUUUAUUCUUUCAGUAAACAGUGAUUCAUCUUCUGAUGGAGAAACGGCUUCUACAUCAAAACAGCGUUUGACAGCAUCUGGUAAAAGAGUGUCACAGUCACGUUUAGUGAGACGUGAGAGAAGAUGCACAGAAAAUAAAUUCUUCAAAUGUAGGAGAUGUGGGUGCAGCUUUUCUACCAAAGAAGAGAAGAAACUUCAUUCAGAAGUGCACAGAAGAGAGGGGUUCCACUGUGAUCAGUGCGGGAAGAUUUUCUCAGCUCCUUCUACUCUACAAAUUCACAUGAGGACACACAGUGGUGAAAAGCCUUUUCAAUGCAGUGAGUGUGACAAGUGUUUCACAACGAAAGGAAGUCUUGUUGCUCAUAAGAGAAUACACACGGGGGAGAAACCAUACAAGUGUCCUCAGUGUGAGAAGGGAUUCAGCCAUGGACCCCAACUUAAGAAACACUUGCGUGUGCACACCAAAGAGAGGCCGUAUCAGUGCGGUGAAUGUGGAAAAACAUUUACGCAGUCAUAUAGUCUACAAUCGCAUCAGAAAACACACUCUGAGGAGAAACCCUAUCGAUGCUCCCACUGUGAGAAAUGUUACCGUCAUAAGUCUCAGCUGAUAAUCCAUGAGAGAAUGCACACUGGAGAGAAACCUUACCUCUGCUCUCACUGUGGAAAGAGAUUUUCUGGUCCAGGUGAUUUGAGAGUUCAUGUGAGAGUGCACACGGGAGAAAAGCCUUAUCACUGUAGCUUUUGUGGGAAGAAUUUCAGUCAGCAUGAUUCCUUAAAAAAGCACCAGAGGACACAUACUGGAGAAAGACCUUUCAAAUGCACUCUGUGUGACAAAACAUUUGCCUACCAAGAGGUCCUGAAAACCCAUCAGAGAGUGCAUACAGGAGAGAAACCUUACAGCUGCUCUAUCUGCGGGGAGAGAUUUGCUUAUUUAACGAGUUUUAAUGCUCAUCAAAAGAGACAUGCUAAAAAACUAGAAUCAUCAUAGCAUGUUUUCAAGGCUCAGUGGAAAAUCUGACUCUUUCAGCCUUUCCAGAAUCAGUAUGUUAAUCUCUGCCAGUAUGGGGCAGAAUCACACUGAGCUUUCUUGUUGGAUUGUGAGUAGAGAUGGAGAGAUUUGAAUACAUUGAAUAUAUUUGUGUUGGGGUGAACAGGAUGGUUCUAAUAACAUUACAGGGCUCCAGACAAAAUAAUGGCUUAGGAGCCAUUGACUCCUAAACUGAAACAUUAAGGAGCCAAAUGGCUGUUUUUAGUCGCCAAAUCACAGAAUUGCUCGAUUUAGACUGCUGUUCAGAAACAAGAUAGAAAGGGGGCCUGGGUAGCUCAGCAAGUAAAGAAGAUGACUACCACACCUGGAGUUGCAAGUUUGAAUCCAGGGCGUGCUGAGUGACUCCAGUCAGGUUUCCUAAGCAACCAAUUGGCCCGGUUGCUAGGGUGGGUAGAGUCACGUUGGGUUAACCUCCUCAUGAUCGCUAUAAUGUGGUUCUCACACUCGGUGGGUCGCGUGGUGAGUUGUGUGUGGAUGCCGCGGAGAAUAGCGUGAGCCUCCAGAUGCGCUAUGUCUCCGCUGUAAUGCGCUCAACAAACCACGUAAUAAGAUGCGCGGAUUGACUGUCUCAGGCGCGGAGGCAACUGAGAUUCAUCCUCUGCCACCCGGAUUGAGGUGAGUCACGACACCACCACGAGGACUUAGAUUGCAUUGGGAAUUGGGCAUGCCAAAUUGGGGAGACAAGGGGAGAAAAAAAAAAGACAAGAUAGGAAGCCGAAGAAAAGGAAGACCGCUGAUAAACAAUUAAUCUGAGGUUUAAUAAACAGUAUAUAUGGUUGAGAAGAUAAGUUUGCAUCCCCUUUUGUCUCAUAAAUGUUCACACCCCUUUCAUAAUUUAUACAAAUAUAAGAGAUAAAAGAUUUUUUUAUUUAGUACUGCCCUUCAGAAUCUACUUUACAGAUAUUUACAUAGAGUAUGCAUAUAGUAGUGUGUUGUCUUCUUGAGCAUCAAUGAAUGUUUGCGCCUUGUGUAAUAGUUGUGUACAAGUCCCUCAAUUGUCCUUAGUGUCAAAAGCUUGAUCUCGUGUAUAUAUAUAUAUUUAAAUUGUUUUACAGUAUUGCCUUAGUCUUUCUUUACUGUGACCCAGACACAGAGACUACAAGAGUGCAAAUUGAAUAAAAUCCCAGAUGUAGUUUAUCGUGCUACUCCAAUCCCAAUCAAUAAUUACCAGAAGAAGAAAAAAACUGGUAGACAAUACAGGACUUUUAAUUAUAAACAAGCCCGAAAUACACAUGGGACUCUUAUUUUGAAAUGUCUGCACUCCCAGUUGUGAGUUCACUGACGGCUGAUUCGCUGAGAAAAUGAAUCUGAUUCAAACUGCUAACCUGAGCUCCUGAGUUCAAACCCUCAGUUCUUUUCGGGUGAUUCAUUAAAAAGAUCCGGUUCAAAAGAGUCAUUUGUUCACGACUCUCUCGUGUUGGGUUUUUUGUUGCGUGCGGUGCAGCAAGCUUGUCAGAAACAGAACGGGUGAAAAGUGACGCGAGACACACUGGUGGUGCGUGCUCUAAGGAUGCAUUCAAUAACUCAGAAGAUGGUGUCUGAUGAAACUGCAUAUGAGUGUUCACAACCCGACUGCUGCCAAUGGCGACUAGAUUUUAAAUAAUUGUCACAAUCAUUUUUGGUCGCAUUUGCCACCAUUUUAGUCGCAGUCUGGAGCCUUGCAUUAGUUAAAGCUGUACUGCAGAUCUUUGUGCGCUCUAGUGACAUCUGUAGUUGAAACGUAACAUUACAAGCAGUUUUGCAGAAGAACACUUUACGUGAGUUGUGUUUCGCCCCUGCUUAAUGCGCAGAUGAAUCUCGUGAGCUUACUUGGACAUUGCAUGCCUGAAAGUAUCACUCAGAGAUGUUCAGUGCUGGAGUCAUAACAGUCUGUUUUCAUGUUGAUAUUGUUAAUUGAUAACCAAAAUAUUACUUGCUUUGAGGAUGAUAAACUAUACACUUACUUACACAUUUUGAAUGAAUGCAUUUCACCGACAUCCAUGCUCAAAGUCCAUUUAAAUAAUCUCUGUCUACACUCAAAGUGCUUUAAUCUCGUGAGACCCCGCAUCCACAUGCAUGGACAUUAUGUUUUGGCUUCGCUAUAUGCAAGCUUAAUUUUUUUUUUUUUUUUUAAACCAACUGAUCUCAGUUCAGGAGACUCCAGGCUGUCAUGAAAGAGUUAAACUUUCAGCGCACAGAGUCGUGUGACAAAACAACAUGGUGUCAAAUCUCAGCCGAGUUUGUCUUUCAGAGAAACGGUAACAUAACUACAUCUGGUAAGAAACCAACUUAAGUUUUCACAUUCAAACCUGUUUGAAUCAAAAGAGUAGAGUCUCUAGUUUCAUCCGAUAUGCCAUUUUAAAAACUGCAUCGAUCUAUUGUGAAACGGCACGCUGUUAAACACAGGGAUACUUUCCAAAGAAAUCCUACAAUCACUGUGCAUUAUUGAGAAUCAGUGGACGUAUCCUAAAGCUGGAAAAUGUGUCUUUCAGAGGUUGUAUACGGAGUUAGGAUGAAAAUAAGGUGCAUUUCAAACUGUUCUGAGACCAGUGCCGACAGACAGCACACUGGAGGUUAAGUCAUUCACUAAAUAGGGAGCAAGGGUGUUUAAUUCGGACAUUUAUUUAAAUGUUGCCUCGAGCAUAUGGCUGAACUCUAAAUUAUGUAUUGAAAGGCCCCCUUUCUGCUGGUCAGAGUGGAUACUCGGUGACCUAUAUGAGAGUGGAGUGGGGAAUGGGGAGGGUGGCUGCUUUUGAGGAAGUGGUAAGUAGAAGGCUGGGGUUUUGGGACUUAUUUGUUAAGAAAUGGGGCAUUUUUUUAGUUUUUUGGGGGGACUCUCGGGGAGGGGAUGUGGAGAGUGUAGUUUAGUUUAAUUAUGUAUGUUUAUUAUAUUUUCUUAUUUUUUUUUGGUUGUGUGUUAUGUGGGACCACAGGGGUGUGCAUUAGGGGUCAGGGUGGGGUUGGUGAAUGGGUAGGGAUAUUAGUGGGGUUGGAAUCUGAAAUGUUGAUUCGCUGUAUAUGUGUUGGGCUUUUCUUUGUGGUGUAUAUAUGAAUCAAUAAAACAUUUUAAUUACAAAAACAAAAUGGGGAGCAAGGGUGCAUCCUAUAGCUCUCUAUGCAGCUUAGUGCAUUCACUUCUAACAUCAGGUCAGUUUCAGGCUGCAGAUGAUGUUUGGAUCACUCAACAACUGACAGACAUGAGACAAUGAUAAUCAGUACAUAGAUUCAGAAUUUAUAAUGUAUCAUUUUAUUUUAACAUGGUUGACAGUGAUUGGAUGAUGCUGGACAUUACUUUGAAUCAGAAUUAAUUCAACUUGUUAGAAAAUCAGCUGUAAUGUCUAUAACGUCUCAAAAACAUGAAUAAUCAACACUCCUGGACACAAACUACUUGAUGAAAAAAAUAUAACUUUCUAUAUCUUGGUAUUACUUAAAAUUUCACAACUUAGUCCUGCUGUCCACAUAGCUGGAGAUUGAUUUUUAGGAAAACUAUUUGCACACAGCAGUCAUGCGGGGGUCUCAGGAGGUUAACAAACCACCAGUAUAUUUUAAUAUAAAUAUUCAAGUGUUUUAUCUACUAUUAAUGUUUGUAUUGUAGUACACUUAUCAAUUUAAGAGGGGAGACAUGUGAUUUGGCUGAGGAUUCAUAUGUUGAUUUAUAUGUCCAUGUUAACAUGGAUGUUGUAAUCCAGAGGUUCCCAAAUUUAAGAUUUCUUCACUCACUAAGAAAUAGGAGAACGAAUCUUGUUGAACUUGUUUAAUGUCAAUAAAAAGCUUGACUUGACACAA